AUGCCGACCAAGCGUAUCCGUUCUCAAAAGAAGAAGAAGCAGUCAGAAUUCACUCCCGAGAGUUCAGAGGACGAGUGGGUGUACUUAAAUCAUCCAACGAAGAAACCGAAGACAAUCCCGAAGGUCAACAAGACCAAGGCUAGAAAAGCUCCAGUCUCUCAAAAAGAUAAAAAAAAUACUAGAAAUGUACCAUCUAUCUCCCAGCACGAGAGACAUUUCAUCACAAACUCCCGGAGCGAACCAAGAUGGAGUCCGGCUUUCUACGCGCAUAAACCUGCAUCAUACCUUCCGGUGGUUAUAAGACCAAAGGAUCCUCCGAUUCUCGAUUUUGACGAACUAUGGGAUGACAACGUGGCCCUUCCUAUGCCCAGAAACCUCAUCGGCCAGUUUGGAGAUAUCGUCGUGCCCAAUAUUUAUUUCGGCGACACGGCGCCGAUGCCUCGUUGGCGUGUCGCACGACAGCGCAGUCCACAUCAGUUAUAUUCCCCCGAAACAAAUACCAAUGCCAAGCGCAGCAGUGUCACAAGCACUUCCAGCUCUGGUUCAUUGUCUGAUAUCUACAGGUGGACGUGGGUCUUCGAGGCCGGCGAGUUCUGGUCCUGGGGAAGAUUGGAAUACGACCAGCUCUACGAAUACGCAUAUAUGUGUCUAUUCCAGACAAUCAAAGAUCCCUUCCAGGAGGAGCGCAUUCGACAUGCUGUUUUCGGGCCCUCCGGACUGCCGGCAGAUUCGCCGCCUCCAUACUUACCAGCUCUGCCGGGCAGGCCACAUACUAGAUACUUUGAAUUGGAGGAUGGCAGGAGUAUCUUGAACAAGCCUCCCAGUGUCAAUGAUUCUUCUUGUUACCUCCCCGACUAUAGACGUCCAUCCUUGUCUAUCGGGCCUGAUUCCCGUGGUGUGCGCAAUGCGAACGUGCAUGUUAUUCCUCAGACUAUGUUCAAUCUCAUGCGUGAGUCUUUGACAAGUACAUCUGCAGAUUCGCGGGAUCAGUCACCUUCGUCGACUAGCCGCAUGUCUACUCAUUUGGAGGUUGAAAAAGUGGGGGGUUCUGGGGAGUUGGAGCCUGUAAAGGAUCAAGAUCUGGAGCGGAAUGAUGAGGGUAGGACUGCACGAUUUGGUGAGUACAGAUUUGUUUGGUUUUGUGUUAUCUUUCUCGUUCUUUGUAUGUUUCUUUGUCUUUUCUUGUAUGUCUUCAAGGUUUUCAAGCGAUGA